GGCCCUCUGGACUGUGGACCAUGCCCUUGAGCAGUGCCCUUCCACGCAUUUAUGGGUGUGAAGGCAGUCCAGAUUCCAGCCAGGAGUAGCAUGAAGCUCUGUCGUCACGUCUUUGGGAUGAAUGACAAGUUAGGGGACUCUUGCCUUUUCUCACGAAGGCCCACCUUCUAUACUCCUCUUCGUGGCUGACUUGAUUUUCCCUCUUUUGUGGUCACCCCUAAACAGAGCAAACUGUGUUGGGUCCUGUUGUCAGGAAGCAAGACCUGGAUGCCGAUUGCCUGGGGGUGGGGGGCGCAGGGUGGGGGCUCCCCCAGUCGGAUCUCUAUGCACAGGAGGCAGGCCUAGCAGGGAGGGCCGCGGGGACUUCUCUGCUGAGAAUGGAGCCAUUUGGGGAGCAGAGAAAGGCUGCCGGGAAAGUGGUGGGGCCUCCUGCCAGCCCCGGGUCACCGGGGUCAUUAUGGUUGCCACCAGCUGGUGCCGUUUUGUGCCCCCUGUGAGGCAGGGACCUGGGAACAGGCCCCACCAUCCCGUGACACUUGGGCAAUACACGUGGGAAUGUUUCUUCCCCACGAACGUUGAGCGCGGAGAGAAACUCCAGGGAGAGGUUUGCAGGCCGAGGUUCCUCCAGGCGAGCCCUCUUUAAGUGGUUUCAGUGACAGGUUAAAACCCAACCCAACAAACCACAGCCUCCCCGCCCUUCCCCCCUUGUCCUUGUCCUUGGGGGCUCGGGUUCUGGUGGCUUGGGUUCUGGUGCAACGUGGCUUGUGGCCAGGCAGCGCCGCAUAGGAAGUGCUAUUCCUAACAAAGGGGAAUUGAACAGCCCAGCUUUGGGACGAGGAGAGAGGAAGCAAACACACCAGGCCUGGCAGAGGGUCUCCAGGGGCACCUUGAUAACAGGGCCUGGGGAACUGGGAAUUCAGGUGGUUUGAUUUUUUUUUUUUUUUUUUUUCUUUUUCUUUUUUCCCUACCAGCAGGCAAGGGCAAUGGCAAAGAUAUUCCAAAACAGAGAAAAACGGACAUCUGUUUGGCUCUGGAGUGUGCUGAGGUUUAGAAAUCAUAUUUACCUUAUUAGUUAUGUCAGCCUUAGGCUAAUAUUAACAUGCAUUUCCUGAUUGGCAGUAAGGGGUGGCACGGUCGUCAGCCUGGGAGUGAACAGGAUUCAGAGAACUCAGCGCGAAUCCUGGAGGCCUGGUUGCCAGGAUUUCACAGGCUGGGUUUGACUGUGCCUGUCCUCCCAGGAUCCCAGGGAUGAGCUAUGUCCCCACCGAGGCAGCCCGCGACCACCGGCGUUUAGCGCGGGCUGAGCAGCCCGACCUGCACGGGAGGCUGGCAGACAUGGGCUCCCAGCCGAGGCCGGGGCGGUUGGUGGCGGCGAGGAGGAGAGGCCCGGGCGUCCGGAGCGGGGCUGAGCAUCGGCAGCUGUGGAGCGAGUGAGGCCCGCCAUGGCGCAGAGGCUGUGGGCCGGCCGCCUGCUGCGGCAUCGGAAAGCCCAGCUGCUGCUGGUCAACCUGCUGACCUUCGGCCUGGAGGUGUGCCUGGCCGCCGGCAUCACGUACGUGCCGCCCUUGCUGCUGGAAGUGGGGGUCGAGGAGAAGUUCAUGACCAUGGUGCUGGGCAUCGGUCCAGUGCUGGGCCUCGUCUCGGUCCCACUCCUAGGCUCGGCCAGUGACCACUGGCGUGGGCGCUAUGGUCGCCGGAGGCCCUUCAUCUGGGCCCUGUCCCUGGGCGUCCUGCUGAGCCUCUUCCUCAUCCCGAGGGCCGGCUGGCUGGCGGGGCUGCUGUGCCCGGACGCCAGGCCCCUGGAGCUGGCCCUGCUGAUCCUGGGGGUGGGGCUGCUGGACUUCUGCGGCCAGGUUUGCUUCACCCCGCUGGAGGCCCUGCUCUCUGACCUCUUCCGGGACCCAGACCACUGUCGCCAGGCCUUCUCCGUCUAUGCCUUCAUGAUCAGCCUCGGGGGCUGCCUGGGCUACCUCCUGCCUGCAAUCGACUGGGACGCCAGUGCCCUGGCCCCCUACCUGGGCACCCAAGAAGAGUGCCUCUUUGGCCUGCUCACCCUCAUCUUCCUCACCUGUGUGGCGGCCACACUGUUCGUGGCCGAGGAGGCAGCGCUGGGUCCGGCCGAGGUGGCGGAAGGGCUGGUGGUCCCCUCAGGGCCACACUGCUGGCCGUGCCACACCCGCCUGGCUUUCCGGAACCUGGGCGCCCUCUUUCCCCGGCUGCACCAGCUCUGUUGCCGUGUGCCUCGCACCCUGCGCAGACUCUUCGUGGCCGAGCUGUGCAGCUGGAUGGCGUUCAUGACCUUCACGCUGUUCUACACGGACUUUGUAGGCGAGGGGCUGUACCAGGGUGUGCCCCGGGCCAAGCCGGGCACCGAGGCCCGGAGACACUAUGAUGAAGGGGUCCGGAUGGGCAGCCUGGGGCUGUUCCUGCAGUGCGCCAUCUCCCUGCUCUUCUCUCUGGUCAUGGACCGGCUGGUGCAGCGAUUCGGCACCCGGGCCGUCUAUCUGGCCAGCGUGGUGGCCUUCCCUGUUGCUGCCGGCACCAUGUGCCUGUCGCGCAGCGUGGCCGUGGUGACCGCGUCGGCCGCCCUCACCGGCUUCACCUUCUCGGCCCUGCAGAUCCUGCCCUACACGCUAGCCUCCCUCUACCACCGCGAGAAGCAGGUUUUCCUGCCCAAAUACCGAGGAGAUGCCGGGAGUAGUGCCGGCGUGGACAGCCUGACGCCCAGCUUUCCACCGGGCCCCAAGACCGGAUCCCCCUUCCCCAACGGACACAUGGGGGCUGGAGGUAGCAGCCUCCUCCCUUCUCCUCCUGUGCUGUGUGGGGCCCCCGCCUGCGACAGCUCCAUGCGUGUGGUGGUGGGCGAGCCGCCUGAGGCCAGGGUCAUUCCGGGCCGGGGCAUCUGCCUGGACCUCGCCAUCCUGGACAGUGCCUUCCUGCUGUCCCAGGUGGCCCCGUCCCUGUUUAUGGGCUCCAUUGUUCAGCUCAGCCAGUCUGUCACUGCCUACAUGGUGUCGGCCGCGGGCCUUGGUUUGGUGGCCAUUUAUUUUGCUACACAGGUGGUAUUUGAUAAGAGCGACUUGGCCAAAUACUCGGUGUAGAGUCCUUCUGGCCCACCGAGGGAGGGUCGCAGGCCCUCCCCCACCCCCUCUCCGGGUCAGGGGCCUCCUAGCCUUCCAGUUUCUGUUGCUGCCAAAGUGGUGUGGCUCUCUGCUGCCACCCCGUGGUGGUGAGGUGCAGAGCUGCGCAGGUCGGGGCCUGGGGCUUCUCUCUCUCUCUCCAGUCUUCAGGGCUGGCUGACUGUUGGUCCGGACAGGCUUCAGUCUGGACUUCUACAGGGAGGCCAGAAGGGUAGGGCAUUUCAUUAGCUCCAUGCACUGGAAUGCAGGACUCUGCAGGGGGAUUACCCAGGCAGGGUUAACAGCUAGUGUCCUGGUCAAGACUUAGCCAGAGAAGGGGUUUGGAGAGCAAGUAACCUCAACCAUCUGGUGUCUCAUCUCCAAGCCCCCUUAUCCUAUAGAUUCCCUCCAUGUUGCUCUUGCAUGGAAGUUUCUAGUGUGAAACUCCGCAGGAUUUGAGAAUAUGAAAGUUAUUUGUGGGUAAGAGUCCGGUGGGGAGAGAGGAAGCCCCCUGGCCGCAUAGCAGCAUAGCACCGCCUUUCUCCCAUCCCCCCACAACUACGUUUUAUCAGGACAUGGCUUGUUGGCCACUGUGUUGCCAUCAUAGGGACACAGGCCUUUAAAUAUUUAACUUAUUUAUUUAACUAAGUAGAGGGGUAUCAAUUCCCAGCUCUGCCAUCUCGGUGUCUAAGAGGUGAGAUCCCCGGUGGGCCCCGGGAGAUGGCUGGUUUAUUGGGCUGAGCAGUGCCAGAAUCAUCUUCCCUUGGGUGAUUGGUCUGGUCCCAAAACUGCCUAACCGAGGAGCUUGGAAGCUCUGCUUACCCAGCUGAUACCCCAAAUCCUGUUACUCAAGGCGGGGGGAGCUGGGGGUAAGUGGAGGGUGGGGCUCCAGGUCUCAGCAGCCUCCCUAGCCUCCCCUCCUCUCUUCGCCCAGCCUGCCCCCCACCCCCACUCCCCUCUGCUCUCUCUAGGGGCUGGGCUGAUGAAGGAGCUGCCCACCCCCCACCUUUCCUACCUGGCUCCACAGCCCUCUCCCUGGGGCUGUUGCAGGACCAGAAAGAAGCACGGAAUGUGGCUCCUUGAGCUUUUAUCCGUCUCCACCCCCAGGGCAUACCUGUGCUUGGGGAAUCUCGCACAGAAACUCAGGAGUACCCCCUGCCUGGGCUAAGGAAGUCUUAUCUCUGGGGGGUUUAAGUGCCGUUUGCAAUAAUGUUAUGUCUUAUUUAUUUAGUGGAGUAAAUAUUUUAUACUGUAUGUGAGCAAUCAGAAUAUAAUGUUUAUGGUGAUGAAAUUAAAGGCUUCUUAUAUGUUUCAUUGGCUUGUGUUUAU